AUGGUUCCUUCAUUAUUUUCCAUCAAAUCUAAUAAUAAGUACUUUGUAGUCUUAAUCACAACAUUUCUCUUGUUACUCAUUGUCCCCAUAGCCAAACAAGAAGAUCAACAAAACUACUAUUACUAUUAUUACUCAGAAAGAACUGCCCUUUACUCUCUUAAAGCAAUUCUAAAUCAUCAGUUCCUCAACAAAGCCUGGACCGGUCCCCACUGCAAUUUCGGUACCCCGAUAUGGUACGGGAUCAAGUGCUCCGACGACGGCCACGUGGCAGAAUUAGUAUUGGAAAAUAUGAAUUUAAGUGGACGUAUUAGUGGAGAUGCAUUAGUCAAAUUCACUGACUUGUCUAUUCUAAGUUUCAAAAACAAUUCUUUGAGUGGUACUUUGAUGGAGUUUGAUUUGAACUCGAAAUUGACUAGAAUUGACCUUUCUCGAAACUCUUUUACCGGAGAGAUUCCUCUCUCGGUCUUGAGAGUUUCGAGAUUGGAGCGGUUUUUUGUGGAGGAAAACUCUUUGACGGGACGGGUCCCGGCUUUUAACCAAUCUAGCUUAAGGGAAUUCAAUGUCUCCAACAACAAUCUCAGUGGUGUUGUCCCUUUAACUCCAACGUUGAAAUUAUUCACCUCUAAUUCAUUUUCGGGAAAUAGUGAACUACACUACUCUUUUGUCGUCGUGUCUCGUGUUCAAAACGACAACACGACCUCGUCUACGACAGAAGAAUCAUCAUCUAAAAACGACAAGAAGAAAUCAAAAUCAUACACAAAGUAUUUGCUUCUUUUGAAUGUCGUUUUAGUAGCGGCGGUGAUUGUUAUGGUCAUUUUGUACGUAAGGAAAAGGAAGAAGCUUAAGAAAGUAAUUAAAGGAAAAACCAAACAAGGCCAAGAUCAAUUGAAAGUCAACAAAAAUAAUAAUGACCAACGAAUGAUCGUGAUCAAAAAUGUGGAAAAUGAAGAUCAAAUCAAAACCGUUGAAGUAAAUAAAGCUAGUGCAAGUACUAGUAAUAGAUUAGUAAAAUCAAAUCAUCAUAAUAAGAAUGUAAAUGAAGAGAAAGGUAAGCUUUUGUUCCUUGGUGGAGAUGAUGAGAAGAUGGGGUUUGAGAUGGAAGAUGUUCUCAAAGCUUCGGCGGAAGGGUUGGGACAAGGGACGUUAGGGAAUUGUUAUAAGGCGAUGAUUAUGGAAAGGGAUGUGGCGGCGGUGGUGGUUAAGCGGUUGAAGAAUUUGAAGCCUUUGACUGAUGAGGAAUUCAAGAAGAAACUUCUUGUGGUUGCUAAGCUUAAACACCCUAAUUUGCUUCCUGUUAUGGCUUACUACAACAACAAGAAUCAGAAGAUGUUGCUAUAUAAGUACGUGGAGAGAGGCAACCUUUUUCAACGACUUCAUGGAGGUAAAGGUACUAGAAACCGAAUUCCAUUUCGAUGGGGCCCAAGGUUAAGCGUUGCACGUGGGGUAGCACGUGCCAUAGAAUAUCUCCACCUCAACACUUCUUCCCAAGUUACAGUCCCUCACGGGAACCUAAAGUCCACAAACAUUCUUCUCGAAACAAACGACACCGUUUUGGUAACCGACUACAGUCUUGCUUUUCUGAUCAUCGCACUUCCCGUCGUGAUUCAACGCACCGUUUCGUACAGAUCACCAGAGUACAAAUCAACUAGGCGAGUUUCGAAGAGGACUGACGUUUGGAGCUAUGGCUGUCUUCUCUUAGAACUCUUGACCGGAAAAGUGGCAGCAUACACUUCCCCAACCGGCGCGAAGGGAGUGGAUCUGUGUAGUUGGGUCCACAAGGCGGUGCGAGAAGAAUGGACGGCGGAGAUCUUUGAUGUGGAGAUAGCUGUUAAUCGAAGAAGUGCUAUUCCUGGAAUGUUGAGGAUGUUGGAGAUUGCGUUGCAUUGUACUGAGAAGUCUCCGGAGAAACGUCCUGAUAUGUCAGAGGUUGUUAGAGAGUUGGAGGAGAUUCAGUUUGUUGAUCAGUCUGAAGAUGAGAAUGAGCCUUACUCUAUUGAACGAUCCUACACCACUGAUGAUUCUAUUUCUAUUACCAUGAAAUGAUGAUGAUCAUGAUAUAUCACAGACAGGCCCAAUCUUGGCUGAAGCUUUAGCCUGUGAGAAAAAUGGUAUAUUUUUAUGCAGUGAGAAAAAUGGUAUUCUCGUAAAAUUUUAUACAAUAGGCCCAAUACUAUCCAAACUUCACUUUACAUAUCACACAAAAAUUCUUGGGCCCAUUAUUGCUCUAAUCAUAAGUAGAAUGAAUUUGUAUGUUACAAUCUUUUAGUCAACUUUCACGUUUAAAAAUACAUGUCAGAAUAUUUUUUUUAAUUUUUUUUUCACAGAGGUGUUCAUUAUGCUUACAACAUCAUCCCUGUAAAUUUUUGAAAAAUUUCGAAUAAUUUACAGUGCCAAAAAUACGUUUGAAGUUGUUUGAACGCGCGUGGUAAACUGGAAUAUCAGGAAUUCUAUUUUCGGUACUGUAAACUAUUUGGAAUUUUUAAAAAAUUUACAGGGAUGAUACUGUAGCUAUAACGAAUACCGCUAUGAAAAAAAUAUUUCGGCAUGUGAUUUUAAACGUAGAGAUUGACUAAGAGGUUGUAAUAGGAGAUUGUAAUUAGCAUUUCUCAUCGUUUAUUUAUAGUGUUUUUAUAUAACAAUUACAUACUGUGCACGAAAAGUAAACAAUAGAGAAGAAUAUUGUGCAAGGAAAUUAAACUCUAGUCUAGUGUGAGACCCUAGGGUUCGCUCGACGGACCUUGACAUCACUCGAUGCUUAGCUUGUGGGAUAGCAGCAUGCGAGUGAAGUGCACCUGCCAGGGGGCAGCAGACAGCAGCAACAUAGGCACGCAGCAACAUUGGGGGGUGUUAGCUGAGCUUGGCUACGUGAUGGGCUUAGAUGGACGUGACUUUGCAUGGGCAAAACUAAACCGUGAGUGUGAGUGUAUGUGCAUACUAAUGGGUUGUUGGGUUGACUGACUAAAUUGGGAUGAAUCUAAGCCAUGGCAGAAAAAAUUUGAGUGUGAGAAAUUAACCUUGUGACAUCUAGACCCUAGUACAAGAUUGAAACCUGACAUGUAUACCAGUACCAAAAAAUGCGCAGGUUCGGUAGGCACUUUCCUACACCCAAAACCCAAACUUGGGGUGCCCGCUUGAAUAUGCACACCUAAUUUCUAGU